CCCCCGCGGGCGAAAGGACGCAACGUGUCGACAAAACCAAACAUUUUUAGUCUGAUUUAUAAUUAAAACUGUAACAGUAUUAUUGAAAUUUUCUCGUCUGAAAAGCUAUUGAGUAUUUUAUGAAUCGCUAAGCCCGCUAAAGUAUUCUUUUGGACGAAAAGGGCUGAAUUUCAACGUAAUAAUGCCUUUCUGUCGGACAACAAGUACAUGGGCGACAAAUAUUUCAACCGAAGACGAAGGUCGUAAACAGUAUGUAGUUCAACUCAAACGAGACGUAAACUGUUGCGAAGACAAGUACAAACUAUUUGUUGACAACGAGGAGCGUGAAAACGACUUAACAGACAAUCCUUGCAGCCCGCUUUGUUGUAAAGGAGGCUCUUAUCGUUGGCAAGAUCACGGCCACGAGUUCCACUUAGUCUACAAUGCGUUAUCCCUAACUGGUGUCGUUGGCAAGCAUAGGCUGUUCAUCGAUGAUGCCGAUUGUAAUACAGGCCGGGAAUUUGGAGAGUUCUUUCGACGACGUGGCUACCAGUUUGUUGUAUUUGGUUUCCUUAUUCUACUUGCUGGUGUAAUUUGGGCUUCGGUGUUUCGCUUUCUGCUGCAUUCUGCGCCAGUAUCUAUCGUCGGCUAUGGCUUCAUCAUAGCGGGGUUAAUAUGGAUGAUAACGGGCAUUAUCCCUGUGCUCAGAUAUAGGAAUUCCAGAGCUGCCUAUUCACAAGCACCUGCGGUACAUUAUGAUGCUGAAUGUCCAAAAGACGAAGGCGUACUUGAUUUGUGAAUUUUGGAGAAGCUAUAGGAUAUUGAUUUUACACACAAGCAUAGCAUUAUAGAACAGAGAGACACUGUUCAGUAUAACUGUGGAUGUUUACAUUUGUCAGUGCUGGUCAUGGGGUAUUCAGCAUGUAUUUGAAAUAUGAGUAGGUAUGAAUGCAGUUUAUAGUUGAUGUUGUACUAAACUGUAUUAAAAUUUUACAGCACAAUCGGAUCAAUCCAGGUUGAAAUCCGUCAAUUUUUAUGUUGGGGGUUAAUAUGCCAAUAAGCCACAGAGCUGCUUAUGCCAUUGGCGUAUGUCAUAUGACAGACAAGAAGCUAUGAAGCGUUAAAGUUUAUGCAUGUUGGAUUAUAAAUUGCCUGCACUUGAUACAUUUAUUUCAAAUAUCAGUCUUAUUCAAAUAUCUUCACAAUACUACAUAGAGACAUCAAAAUUGCCGAUUCAUUUUGUUCGGUAAGAUUUAUGCCACUGGUGUCAAGAAUAUUUUACACCAGAGGUAUCCAGCAUAACACCAACCAAUUCCAACCUGGGGAUGAACUGAAGAAUACAACCCCUUAUAAGCUGAUUCUCUGUAUUCUACUCCGGGGAUAGUACAAUGCAUGAAUUUGUGCAUCAUAAAUAUAACUGGCAUUAUCAGCAUUUGGCAUAAUAUGCAAAUAAAGCCCUUCUAAUAUAUUGUGAUUUUUGAAGCGAGUCAUGUGUUCCUACAUUGUGGAAUAUCUUGCUUCUAAUGACCAAUAGGCAACAAGAAGCAAAACGUAUUCCUCACACAACCAAUGAAUGGACUUAUUAAGAUUUCUACGGCGUAAAGUUACAUGUGGAUAUGAACAAAUUUGCUUUAGUAAAUAUUAGUUAUCAAAUAUUAUGCUUGUCUCAUUACAUACUGUAAUUACUUAGCCUACUCUGACUAUUUUAUCUUUUACAACAAUUUUGGUGAUAUUACUUUUUACUGUAUUCAUCCUAACCCACUUUGUCAACUUUCCCUGUGGGAGGAAACCAGAGCACUCAUGUAUAUGCUAAGCCUUCUAAUGUCCAACAUAGGUAAAAAUUUAACAGAAUACCCCAGUUUCAAGAGUUCAGUGUCUGUAUCUUCUAAAGACUUAGGAAGAAAUCUUAGCUUUGUGUUGCCUGUAGUCUUAAGAAGCAAGAUAAUUCAAUUAUUUCACCUCAACAAUAGAAAUUUAUAUAUUGUGGGAAUGGAAGCUCAAAGCAUUCCACUUUGUGUUGCCAGUUGCCUAUUUAGUAUUAGUCUCUUGAAUAAUACAAGCAUAUGUAUUGUGGUUCCAACCUGUGCAAACAUUCCCCCAUUCAUGUUGCCCAUUUGGUCUUAAGUAAAGAAGCGAGAUGUUUUGCUCCUUCUACCUCAAGAUUUGAAGCAUAUGUAUUGUGGAAUGGAAGCGAAGCAUUGCCAUUGCCAUUGCUUGUAUGGAAAUCGAAAUGUUUGCUUUUCUUGUUGCCUUUUUCUUGGUUGUGUGAAGCAAGAGGUUUCGCUUCCACAGACACAAUAUAGGAAUACUUGACUCACUUCAAAAGACAAAGUACAUUAGAAGGAAUUUAUUUGCAUAUUACGCUUAAUUAGUUUUCCCAGAAGGAACAAGGCAGUUUAAUACAGUGCUAACUUAUUGAGGGUUGCAAUUUAACAAACCAAUUCGGUGUUUCCACUGCGCAUUGAAAUGACACACUCUGUGUUGGGAUAACUUGCAGUUGAAUUAUAACAUGUGGCUGAGACUGGAUGAAUAUGCAUAUCAGAUUAGAAAUAUGUAUUCAGCUGUUCAGUCAUUAUCUGUGUUUCACUGAAUAGCCACAAUAGAACUGUGGUUAAAUCAUUUUUGUAGUUAGGCUGAAUAUUUGGUCUUCUUUGUAAAGCAAAAUAUAGAAAGGUUCACUUAAGUCUUAAGGGAUUUUAUGUUCUAAUUUAAAGUGAAUCAACCAUGCAGAAUUAAUUUCUUUUUGAGCAACUUUUUGCGUAUUGAAAUGAUUGAACAGUUGAAUAUUUUGAUAUGUAUAUUCUAAUUCUUGCAGUAUCAGCUACAUGUUAUAGCUCAACUGGAAUUUAUCCUAACACAGAAUGCGCAGUGGCGUAGCCAGCCCGACGAUUUAGUCCCGCUAUGCAAAUUCAAACUUAUUAUCAUUAUUCAUUUAGUUUAGAAAUAGAUUGUUUUUACAGUCAAUGAACACGAAAAUAUUUGCAUAGCGGGACUAAAUCGUCGGGCUGGCUACGCUACUGAGAACGCGUCGUUUAGAUGUGCAGUGGAAACUCUGAAUUUUGCCUUAUACUUUAAUAGAUUUGAUUGAUCUUUAAACCCGUUGAGUGGCAGCACUCUCCCCCUGACAACCAGGGGCCGGUUGUAUAAAACUCUUAAUCACUUUUUUAAUCACUAUUUUGUAGUUAAAUAGUGAUUAAUUCUUAAAUAGACGCUUCUUAUUGGAUGACGUUUCCACUUAACUAUAGUUAACUUUAAUCACUUUUUUAUACAACCGCCCCCAGGUCAUCUCGUGUUCGUAUUUUAGCCAAUCAGCGCUCAGAAAGAGUUGUCCGAAUAGAAAUCCAUUUUGAUGUAUUCAGUCAAUUAUAUCUUUCGUUAUUCUUUAUGAAACUAGUUGAAAUUUUGUAAUUAUGUUUAGUUAUGAGAACUAUAGCUCUGACAAAAAUAUGGAAUCGAAAUAAAGCAUAUUACAGGAGGUAUUCAGUUGUUUUAAUCAUAAAAUGGAUUUCUAUUUGACAACUAGUGCCAGUACUUUUCCGCUUAUCAAGAUCAUCUGGAAGUAAAAUCAUCUGGUGUUAGACAGAGAAAACAUGUAAAAUAACAAAGUAGGGCGCAUCUGGGCACAUUGCCACUUAAAGGGUUAAAGGCCGAUUACACUACACAUCUUUUGCCUAAAACUGUCACAUGCAACUUGCUUAUAAUUUGAGUUGUACUGUGUAAAUCAAGCAAACAACUCGCAUACAUAAUGUCGUACGUGACUUGUGUGCUUGAUUUACAUGAGUUAACAACUCAUGUUGUUAGCAGGUUGAAUGCGACAGUUUUAGGCAAAAGUUGUGUAGUGUAAAUUGGCUUUAAGGUAUAGUUCAAACACCAUGCCAGGAAGACCUGGCUAUAACCAUAGAAAUAGCUAUAACCAGGUUUUGUUUGCCUUGGUUGGGCUGUUUAUCAUUUGCUUUGCAAGAGACCAGCUUAUAGGUAGCUAACCUUACUUAAUAAUGCAUGGAUAAUAGCAAGUGUAAUUCUUUUAGUAGUUAACUGCAAAAAUUCACAUAUUCAGUAGCUUCUGCCAUUCAUUUUCAAACCAACAACCCAAUAAAUUCAUGUUACACAUGAGGCAAUGGGACAUGCAGCACAUUAUGUGACAAUGAGCCAUGUUUUCUACCAUGAGCUCCAUAUAUAUAUCUGGAGUGAGAACUUGAGUCCAAAAUGUGAAGCCAUCAUGAUCACAGAAUAGACUACACAGAAACCCGAUUUCUUGGUUUUUCCUAUGAUUUUCCAAUUAUUUUGGCGUAUAUAACCGUAAUUCGUCAUCCAAAUGCUGACGCCAUGGUCCUAGCCAGUGCACGUUUGAGAGGCAUUCACCCCCUGAAAAUAUUCAAAAUGGCGGACGUCCAGGGGGUUAAUGCCUCUGAUAAGCGCACUGGCUAGGCCCAUGGCGUCAGCAUUUGGAUGUUGAAUCAUGGCGUGGCAGCGGUUAAUACUCGAGUCGACCUUCUGUAUGUCUUUAUUCUGUGCCAAGAUGAUAGAAGUUGAAAAGUAUAUUUGAACCUCAGUUUCAGUCUCUAUUGUUUUUGUCUGCGCGGUUAACACGAAGCUGGCAAGGAGUGUGCCGAAAUUUCAUAUUUUGACAUCGAUUUAAAGAAUAACACUAUCAUGGCUUUAUUAGCCUGCGUGGCAGGCUCAUUGAAGGAUGAGCUUUAUAAACUAAUAACUUUUUUAGCGAUACGGAUUACGGUCCGUUAGAAAAAACUGUUAUUAGAUGUAGCUGGGAAAAUGAUAUUAAAACUGUUUACGACCUGCAUAGCUACAGUUAUAAUAUUGGACUUUUCCGCAAUCUUGAGAUUCUUGGCUUCACUUUUCUCAUGGCCAUGG